UAUUUUGUAUUGUUACUAAUCCGCGAUGUGUGUAUUUUAAAACCUUCACUACGACUUAAUACAAUGACAAUACAUUGAUAUAAAUACAUAUAAAUUCUGAAAUUCCAUAAUUGUGAUUGCAAAUUGUACCUUUAAAAUAAGGAACAAUAGGCGGAAGUUGAGUUGGGUUGUUUAUUGAUCGUCGUUUCUCUUAUUAUACGCGUCCACUAGUGUCAUAAUAGUCGUAAAUAAACGAUAACAAUGUUCAUUACGGCAUAACGAAUGUUAAAUAUUUAACUUGAAAACAACAGAUUUAAGUUGAUACCGUAUAGCCGGUAGCACAUUCGAGGUAUGAGGAUUCGCAGUGUUGCCUAAGAACAAGUGUGAAUGUUUGGAUACAUGAAUUGCAAAUAUAACUACAAAGAUUACCAUCUUUUCAGCGGAAAAGAAUUCAUAUGUACGUGUAAUUGAAUUCGAUCAAAACAUUCGGAAACGAUUGAUUUAAAUUUGAAAGGUCGGACGCGUUAACCGCAGAUAAACAUCUUUUAAGCAUAGGUUAAACUGGUUUCGCUUGCAACGAACAUUCACAAUGACGAUGCAGCGAGAAAAUAUACAGUUAUAUGAAGGAAUCUAUAUUACUUAACUGAACUAUCCCAAAGUAAAUACCAGUGCUGUAAAAUGAAUAUCUUACUUUGAUAUUAUCGCACCACAUAUGUUUAACUUCAUAUAUUAAAAAGUGUGUGUUAGGCCGUCUAAAUUCAGUAUCAACAUUGCACAACUGCAAUGACAAUUUUAAAUAUUGACAGUUAAUUUAAAAGUUGCCUAAGCAUUUAGAUGGAAACAUUUGUGAAAACAUGGUGCUGUCGAUUUGUCCUUAACACACGUGUGUAAAAAUAUAUACAUAUAUAAUAUAGUAAUGGAACAUCAUGUACACAUUAACUUUAAGCCAAAAUCGCCUUUUUGUCAUCAUUACAAACAUUUACGAAUUCAUAUGAACAAAUGUAAUAUAAAGUGUGCUCAGAUGUCAUCUAUUUUCGAACAAUGUAUCUCUGAAAACAUAUGCUUUCCACUUUGUAUCGCAAAACGUACGAAUUCUGCGAAAUAAAUCGUUGUCUGGUAAACUUAAAACAAGUAAGCACACUUAUUAUAAAUGUCCACGUAUCAAACGAUUGUUCAUGAUAUAUUUUUCCCUACUUCAACCUUGAUAUGAAGUGCACUGAUACAAACUAGUUGAAUGCAUUUUAGAUAAUUCAAAACCAAGGAUUUACGUGCGCCUCGUACGUGAAAGUUGAAGUGUUAUCGAUGUGCUAUCGUUCAGAUAAGAUUCAAAAAGUUACCGCAUCUAGUACACGAUGAAUGAGUCAGCAAGAUUACUUUUUAAUAAUUCGAAGGUAGCUGAUAGACGUCACAUCGAUAUUAAAAACGAGUAGAGAUUGGAAUAUAUGUUUUGGGAGUUUUUUUCUUUUGAGUUAAUGGAAGAAUUUAUUACAAAAUCAAGAAGAAAUUUUAUUAGCUCUUGUGCUAGACAGAAAUAAGCAGGGCAAAACUCAUGUUUGCCAUUACUCCAAACACGACGCCUUCGAAAGAAGAGACGUUGGAUAUAAGUGAUCAUACAGAAAGCGGUAACGUAACAAGCGCUCCAAUUUUUACGAGUGACAUUCUGGAAGAAAAAGUCUCCGAAUGGUUGUGGAAAACAAUACCCAUUCCAUUACUUUGUGUUGGACUAGCAGGAAACAUCCUUACAAUCAAAGUUUUGUUACGAAUGGGAAUACGAAGACAGCCAACUUUGACGUUUUUAUUAUUUCUCGCAGUGACUGACAUGGUCGCACUUUUGACAGUGCUGCCAAGAUAUUGGAUUCAUUUCACGUUCAAUUUUGAUCUCAAACAUGUAAGCAACGCAAAUUGUAAGUUAUAUUAUUUUUUCGUUUAUGUAUCCUUUCAUUUUUCGUCUUGGAUUUUAGUUGGCGUCUCCAUAGAGCGUGCUGUCAAAACAUAUUUUCCACUACGAUACAAAAACAUAUACACAACAAAGCGGGUGUUUAUAGGUCUGUUCGUGACGUUGUUUCUCCUUUGUGGUAUCAACAUGCAUUUCUUUUUUACAAACGGUAUUAAUGAGUAUACAGAAGGUGAAUGUGGAUCAUUAUCUCCAGAAUAUUUCCAUUUUGACGAAUUCGUUUUUGUGUAUAUUGACUUGUGCGUUUCGAGUAUCGUUCCCUUUCUGAUUAUGUUCGUGUGUAAUAUUUUGCUUAUACGAGUUCUCCGAAACGCACAAAGACAGCGACCCAGUUUGAUGCAUGAAAUGUUUGUACAACGCGCCAAUCGGUUCAGUGUGAAGAUGACAAAAAUGCUUGUUGUUGGUACGGCCUACUUCAUUACAGCUACGUUACCUCUGUGUAUCUACUUUAUUGUCGACUCGUACCUGCUUCCAGGAUAUGAAGAAUCUAAAAACGCUUCAGCAAUCGCUAGAAUGGACCUAAUUUGGACGGUCUGCUACUUGGUCGCAUUGUCAAACUGCUGCGUAAACUUCUACCUGUACACAGCUAUUAACGACAGAUUCUACAAGGAAUUCAUGUCAAUGCUGCGGUGUAAGCCAAGGUUACGUCGAGCUAGCGUUUACACCACAAGAAUGUCAAACAGCACACGCCAUAGAUCGGAGACAAGUCAGGGAAUAGAGCUUUCUCUAUCUGAGGAAGGAACCAUAGAUGCGGCCGAUCGCAAUACGGGGCCGCUGUAAGUUUAUCAGUGAAGAAUACGCGCUAGCAUGCCGAUGGCAACAAGGCCGGGCGCAAUUAGGAUUUUUCAUAAGUUUUUCGGUGGAGAAUACCCGCGACGAAGCCGAUCGUAACAAAGAACAAUCAUACCAUACUUCUAUCGUUAUAAAUAUAUAAUGUACGUCUGUGUUUUCCAAUGACAUGCCUGUACAUUAAAAAAGAAUUUCAAGUAUAUAAUAAAACACCAAAAGUAGACAUCGGAUUUGAUUGAAGAUUUACAUGCCUGUGGAAAUGUGUAUUUUGUCCUUUGUUAGCUUUUGCAACUUUCAUGUGAUUUUAUAAUAGUUUGUCCUGCGUAUGCUGUCGUUUUGAAAAAUAAAUCUAUAUAUGGACGCACAAGAGUUUUAAAUAUGUGUGGUUAUGAUAUGUACAAACGUAUGAUAUGUACCUUACAUGUGUAUUAUUUAUUGUUGUCAAUAAUAAUUGGUUUUUGUUUAAACUAUGGUGAUUGGAUUUAAGGCAACGAAUGUGUGCAUAAUAUAAAUAAACCUUAACCUCUUAA